GGAAACUGUUUGAAUGGUGAAACCUGUGACCGAUUUUAUUGAAACUGUAGCUUCUGUUCUGCCGGUUGGAAGGGUCCUAUGUGUAAUAUUUCCUGUGAUGACGGAGAACAUGGAGAGGACUGCUUAGAGAAGUGUAGUGCAAACUGUUUGAAUGGUGAAACAUGUGAUCGUUUCUAUGGAAACUGUAGUUACUGUUCUGCUGGAUGGAAAGGUCCUAUGUGUAAUGUCUCUUGCGAAAACAAUGAAUAUGGAAAAGACUGCUCAGAGAGGUGUAGUGGAAACUGUUUGAAUAAUGAAACCUGUGAUCGUUUCUAUGGAAAUUGUAGUCACUGUUCUGCGGGAUGGAAAGGUCCCAUGUGUAAUGUGUCCUGUGAUGACGGAGAACAUGGAGAGGACUGCUUAGAGAAGUGUAGUGCAAACUGUUUGAAUGGUGAAACAUGUGAUCGUUUCUAUGGAAACUGUAGUUACUGUUCUGCUGGAUGGAAAGGUCCUAUGUGUAAUGUCUCUUGUGAAAGCGGAGAAUAUGGUAAAGACUGCUUAGAGAGGUGUAGUGGAAACUGUUGGAAUGAUGAAACCUGUGAUCGUUUCUAUGGAAACUGUAGUAAUUGUUCUGCCGGAUGGAAAGGACCUUUGUGUAAUAUUUCAUGUGACAGCGGGGAAUACGGAAAAGACUGUCUGGAAAUAUGUAGUGGAAACUGUUUUGAUGGUGAAACCUGUGAUCGUUUUAAAGGAAGCUGCAAGAACUGUUCUUAUCUGUGGAAAGGACUGAUGUGUAACAUUUCCGUGUGUUUGCCAGGGACAUAUGUGAUAUCAGAUACUGUAUGUGGAAGCUGUCCUGUUGGAGAGUUCCAGGACGAGAUUGAGCAAAAUUCCUGUAAGAAAUGUCCUCCGGAAAAGAACACAACAGAAACCACAGGAGCACGUUCUGAGAGUUACUGUAUAGCAUCUUGUGAGGAUGGCACCGAGUUUAAUCGGAAUUCUCGUACAUGUAAGGAGUGUCCAAAAGACUUUUAUACCAAUAGGAGUAUCUCGGAACACUGCAUCAUGUGUCCUACAGGGUAUAUCACAAAUGGAACCAAGUCAUCAUCGUGUUUCAAGCGGCAAGGGAAACAGUGGUGUAUAUUCCCUUCCGCUAGAGAUUUUACUAAAAGCGCAUCAUUGCCGAAUUGUGGAUAG